AUGCAUCUUCCGCUGCGAUGGGUGCUUGUCGCCAUCCCCUAUCUCUCCGCCAGCGUCACUGCCUUCAUUCCUUACACAAUUGAGCUGGACAUCCCCUCCGGCGAUUCCUCCAGCUCUCCUGAACGUCGCUUUGUGCCUUGGUCCCUCACCGACGGUCUCCAAGAUGACGUCGAGUCGUCCGCCGGCGACAAGCUGCCGGCGACCUCCAGCACCUUCGAAUUGCGGCGAUUCCCCGUCCUCGACCGCCGCAACAACCAGUACAAGAUUGUGCGCUCCGAUAACUCGUCCGAGCCCAACACCGCGCCUUUUAACCAGGACGGCAACGACCUAUCCUACUUCUCCGCCAUGCAGGUUGGCUCCAAGAACCAAUCGCUCUGGAUGAUGCUGGACACCGGCGGCGCCAAUACCUGGCUGUACGCCUCUGACUGCACCUCCAAGGCCUGCCGGGUGCACAACACCUUCGGCGAGGCCGCCUCCGCCAGCCUGCAGAUGACUGGCGACAAGUGGAAGGUCGGCUACGGCACCGGCACCGUCAGCGGCCUGCUGGGCUCCGACUCCCUCUCCAUUGCCAACGUCUCCGUUGACAUGACCUUUGGCCUGGCCUCCGAGGCCUCCGACGAGCUGCAGUCCUACCCCAUGGACGGCAUCCUCGGCCUGGGCCGCGCCAGCAAGGGCGUCUUCGGUCACGACUCGUUCAUGGACGUCGUCGCCAAGCAGAAGCUGCUGUCUUCUAACAUCGUCAGCUUUAGCCUGUCGCGCGGCUCCGCCAAGGUCCAGGACGGCUCCGUCACCUUCGGCGGCGUCGACGACUCCAAGUAUAAAGGAGAGAUCAAGUACACGAACACCGUCGGGUCCAAGGAUCACUGGAAGAUCCCGCUCGACGACGCCACCGUCGAUGGCAGCGCCUGCGGCUUCUCCGGCAAGUCCGCCUUCAUCGACACGGGCACCUCGUACAUCCUGAUCCCGCCGGCUGACGCCAAGGUGCUGAACGGCAAGAUCCCCGGCGCCACGGCCCAGGGCGAACGCAACCACAUCAUCCCCUGCAACUCCACCGCCGAGCUGCAGUUCGGCUUCUCCGGCGUCAACUACACCAUCUCGCCCAAGGACUACGUGGGAUCGAAGACCGGGUCGGGUUGUGUGUCAACAAUCGUGGGCCAUGCGCUGUUCGGGGACGAUGUCUGGCUGGUUGGGGAUGUCUUCCUGAAGAACGUGUAUACGGUGUUUGAUUACGAUAAGGACCGGAUUGGUCUGGCGGAGCGAGCGUAUCCGGGAGACAAGGAUUCGAAGGGAGACGACGACGGUGACUCCAACUCGGAUUCCAAAUCGAAUUCCAACUCUGACUCCAACUCGGACUCGGACUCGACCUCUGGCGCGGACUCCUCGGCCACGUCGACCGCUACCUCGACGGGAAGCUCGGCCAGUGCGACGGACGCUUCUGGCGAUGCGGCGGGUAUCAUGCCGAGGUUGUCCUGGUCGGCGGUGACGGUGCUGGGUGUGGUUGGACUGAUGAUUUAG